GGCCAUUUACCGCAGAAAGACGACGCAGAGGUUGGGCGGGAUCUCGCGCGGCCCCUCGCGAUUGUGUCCUCAUCUUUACGUGCGUUGUCGUCCCCUCUCGCGACGUCGCCAGGCGUCCUGCCGCUUCGCUAACGCGAUCAGCAGCUCACGUGGUGACCGUGACGUCGCGCUGUCGCUGGAAGGCGCCGAGUGUUGUUUACCGACGGCGAGUCGUCGCGGCAGCUUUGCCUGAGCUAUCAAUCACCGCGCACACGGGCACUGCGACUUGGUGGAACUGGGCUGCUGCGGCACACCAAUCUUGGACCCGUCAUUCCGACCCCGCGGCUGUAGCGACAAGCAUCACUGAAUUUUGCAGGCAUCCAGAAUUCCGACGUGUCGUAGCGAUCGUCACGGUAGCAUCAUGAGCGGUUAUUACCCUCCGCCGCACCAGAAGCAGGGCUAUCCUCAGUGAAGAGAGAAGGGUCGACAACCGCUGUCCCGCUUCGGAGCUGCCCGUGUCUCCCGAGAACAUGUCCGUGCCGGGCCAGUGCUGCAUCGAGUACUGCCUUCCGCACUGGUGUCUGCGGAAGCUGCAGGGCCGGCGUUCCCGCUCCGCGGGAUCCUACCGCCUGCACGCUCCCAUGCCCGGUGCCAUGCCAGGGGCUGUGCCAGGGGCCAUGCCGUAUGACCCUCCACCACCCUACUCGCCAACUGCUCCAAACGCAUGCCAGACUGCACAGCCCAUGGAGCACCCGUCACGGCUGUAUCCGGCUCCUGGCCAGCCAUACCCUGCGCCAGCUCCAGGACCAUACCCAAUGGCCUCGUACCCACAGCAGCCGGGCCUGUCGCAGCAGGCUGUGUACCACGUCCCGGAUGCCUUUGACGCUGGGGCCCGCUUCACGCACAGCAAGCCUACCAUUCCACCCCCUCCCCCUGGAGUUCCUCCCAAUGCUGCUCAGCUGGCUGCCAUGCAAGGCAACGCCGUAGUCCUGGGUCAAAAGAAGGGCAACUUCUGGACCACUGGCGCUGGAGGUGGCUACACUUUCUGGUAGACGCCGACCACAGUGCACAGGAGCCUCCACCAAUGCUCCUGCUGCUGUGUCGACAGUCGCAAGGCUGUUCCCUUUUAUUUCCCUUCACGACAAGGAGAGCACUCUCAUGCAAGACUGUGGAACGACCUCUGCCAUGUCAGAGUUGAGCGAUGCUCCAGUAUGCCCUCAUGGCGCUAGGCUCACUAGAAAUGGUCUCCAGGUGCUGCAGUUGCUUUAUGGGGUUCCGAGCACUCAAUGCUGUUGAUCUAGAAGUAGAAAACAGCGCACACGAGUGAAUUUUCAUGAGUCUACAUGUCUGCUUAGACUCUAAACAGCAGUGUCUUUCAUGUUUCAGCACAGAGAAUCAUAGCAGCCUGGAGGCCAGAUUUAGUGAUCUUCAACUGGAUGAUGGGCAGUUCUAGGGCAGAUUCAGGUACAGUCCGUGCUCUGCUUUAGUUGAGGUGCCAGCCUCAGCUAGCCCAGCCGGCAAUGGCACAUUGUGAACAGUCUGUACUGCUCUGUUUGUCCUGGGACUCUGAUGACCUCAGGGAUUCUUCAAAAGAGUGUCGCAAUAUUGCAGCUUUCCCAGUUGUCUUGCAUGGUGUCUUUCAAUUUUUCAAUCCGUAGCAAUCAAGUAUGGAGAACAUCUUUUCACAGAUUACUUUUGACUAAUACUCUGGAUAGAGAACAUGGAGUGGAGCCUCCUUAUGAAGCAGGAAAAUGCACAGCAUCAGUCAAGAACUUUCCGGGUCUUAAAUAUUUGGCAUUUUGGUGUUGUUGUAUGACAGCCUACUAAGGACCAUAUCUAUAAGCAGGCUUCGUUACAAGUGACUGCACGAUGGGAAGCUGCUAUGCAACCCCCCCAGCUGAAAAGCUUUGCAUACACUAUUGUUUCCAGUAGUUGUGACUUGUGUAAUGUUGCUCUAAAAGAAUGCAAGGCUCAAUUCUUUCAUGCAACAUAAGCACAACACAGUCUCUGGAGACAAUCCCGCACAAAACUGGUAUAUUUUCUAGAUUUCGUUACAAGGGAUGUUACUUCAUGGAUUGUAAUGUGGUUAACAGCACCCAGUUUGAAACACCUCAAGGUGACAUGUUGUUGUAUAAGACUUGUAAUGACGAUCGCGAAUACCCGACAUGGCUUGCGGAUUGCACGGUGCGAUGACAAGGGCAGUCUUAACCUAACCUUCUAGACUCUUUGCCCAGACUUUUGACUGGUGCUGUAAAAGACUCCUUGCAAUUUGGUCUAGUGUGUGACUCUGAUUCAAUCUGUACGAGGCAAAGAGGUCACAGGAAGAGACUUCAACUGAUAAACACUAAGCAUACAGGGAAAGCCUCAGCCUAGAGCCAGACUUGUCUUGUUCCUGUUGGACUAAGGCGUCCCUCUUUCGCCCACCGUUAAUUGAUUCGGUCCGUUUUUGACAAACCUGUGUGACUGUAUAAAUGUUGCAACUGGCACUGAGAAGCUUCAGAACCUGUAUAUUUUUAGUGCUGAUUACGAUGUCUCAGUCCUGGAUUACCUAAGCGCCAACUAGCUCUGCUCCCUUCUCUAGUUUUGUCACAACGCAGCAAAAAACAAAUGAAGGGCUUACCGUGCUGUAAUUUUAGAUCCCCUGUCCCUCCACAGCUUGCCAUUUUUCACUUCAGCUGAAAGUAAAUGAAAUUUCUGGCAAAGACAGGCAGCAAUGCUGAAAGCAGUUAAAACAGUCUUGUUGAGGACAAGAUGUUACUGUAGAUGUUAAAAAAUUGAGUUGAGAGAACAGUUGUGGUGCACUGAAUCCUCAGCCUUCAGUGAGAGUGACUUGGCACUUGUUUGGCCGUUAUUGAGUAUCCUCGUUUCAAUUGCACAUGGGAUGGCAUUCUGUAUACUGCACAGCACGCAUGCAUCUUACCUCAUCAGCUUUCAACGCCGAGUAGCACGCAAGUGAGCCAUCAUAUUUACAUUUCUCGCAUUUCUGCUUACCUGAUCUGUAUAGACAUGCAGUGGAGUUUGGGGCCAAAUGGAAAUGGGACUCUGUCAAGAAUUAAUGUUGUCGAGUGAACUGUAGCGAGGAAGAAAAAAGUUAGGCUAAAAUAAAAACUAGACAAGAAAAGCUAGCUCUCUUUCAACUUGUCCACAUACCAGGGAUUCUUAUGCCCUUUCAAAAACACAUGUCCGAUGCCCAUGUUACUAUGUCAAGAUGUAUUUAUUACAUAUUUGGUAUAUUAUAAUUGCUGGCUCACAGGAGAUCUUGCAGCUGCUCCACUUCAAAUGACCGUGUCAUGGCCAACAUGUUAGCCUUGGGAGUUUCUCAAAAGUAGUGCAAAGAUGGCCCAGUGCCAUGUUGCAUGGCUUGCACCUGACCCAGUACUACAACACUAAAUGCAAUAGCUUCAUUGGUUAGCUUUAAGCACAUAACACUUACAACACACUUUUGGUGUGUACUAUAUACUAUGUGCAUAGUGCAAAGCCAUGAAUCUUCUUGCUUUGUACUAUACAGUGUGUAUUAGAACUGUGGUGACGUUGCACAGAGGUUAAAGGGGACACUAAAGAGAAAUUAUAGGCUAAGCUAGACUCCUAGAGUGGGGGACUUACAUGCUGGAAGAGCAUGUGGAUUAGUUUUAGUGCAAGCAGAGGCUUUGUAAGCCAGAAAUUAUGCAAGAACAAGAGAGAGGUAGCGAUGGCACCUUAUAAUUCUAACACCAGCUCCCUCUGACAUCAUGGAUUUUAAAUCUGUGCUGGAAUAGCUGCUUGUCUGUCAACUAUUGUUACAUUGUGUUCUGAAGUACGCGACAAAAAUGGAGUCUGGGAGGUUUUCAAAAAUUUUGCUGCAGGAAAAUGACUCGUAUGUUCAAAUGCUUUGAAACCUUUGACGCAACACUGUUGUCACUGGUGCUGCACUGCGAGUGUGAAAUGAAGAAAGGAAAUUUUUUGCUACAUUUUCUUCACUAAUAAUUGCCCCAAUAUUUUUGCAAAAGAUGUGCAAUGAGGAAGUUCCAGCAUUCUAGAUUGAUUCAGUGUUUUGCUUUAGCGCCUCUUUAAUAUGUGUCCAGCCACCCCACAGAUACUGUGGCAGUCACAAAUAAUGCUAGCAGGAACUGGACCAAAACAGUGAGACAGCUUAUAGAAAUUACAGUUUUUGCACUAGAGCACCCCGCUCAAAGUGCAAUAGACCCUGUGUCGAAUUUUGUGAGCAGGAUUCCCUGAAGCACAUCUCUCGCUGGACGCAACAAAAAUGGCCAGCUAUAUUACAAUGCUUAAUUUGAGCUGACCACAUGUUGACUCAAAGCACUGAGCUUCAGAAAUAUUUCAACCAGAAGCUUGGUCAGACUAAUCGUGUCACUGUAGGCGUGUGGCAAGGGAAGCCUGUGGAAUUUCACUUGGGCAUUUUCGUGCCUAUGUUAUACCACAAAACUUGGGUGUUGCUUCUUUCUUUCAUACGUUCCACAGUGCAUCCUUUUCGUGAACCUACACUCACAGCAUAGACAUGCACUGGGGCAUUUGCUAGAGGAACAUAACUUCCUACCAGUGUUCCCGCUCUUGCUUGACUACUCAUUGGCACUUUCAACAGCUCACAUUUGUUAGCUUACGCACAAGCUAGUUGCAAAGUUGCCAAACAUCUCAGAUGGAGCCAUUCAAGGAUAUUGUGUCGGAAAUGAACAAAUGCGGAACUCGGGCUCAUUUUCUCUGCUCCCUUAACUGGAAAUUGUUUCCGACUUACCUAGUCUUUCACAGCAGUCUGUGAGUUCUACAAAGUUCUGUUACCCCUUCAGCAGCCUUGGUGAGGCCCUUGCCCUCCUUCAAACUGCUGUGCAUAUACCUAUGCUGCAGAGCUAGUGCACCCAUGUCCAAUCAUUCCAAACCAAGCCUGCAAAUAUCAGCAAAGAGCUGCACAUUGCACUAGCCUCAGUCAGUGUCAUUCACUGACACUGAUGCUUCAAAGGCCUGGAAAUAGCUUGAUGGCUUCUGAUACCUAAGAAAAAGCACAAUUAAAAAAGAACUAGUAUACUGUGCAUUAUUAUUCUUGCAAAUAAGGAACCAUUCAUUCAUAGCUAGCAUACUUUUGAUUCCUUACUCUUUAUUCCACUACAAAACUAACAUUCCUAAGUCAGAAGCAAGCAACAACAAGUGAUGGAAAGGAAAAUUAAUAGGUAUCAUGUUGAGAGAUGUAAGAGUAGUAUGGUUGAUUGGCAAAGAAAUUAGAUUUAAUGAUAGCCUAACAGGAAUCGGGAGAAAAAAAUAGCAGGGUAUGCACUGGAUAGGGCACAUAUCUGGCAGCCUGUUAGAGAAACAAAAUGGUGACGAAGCGAUGGGGAACAGUGUCUAUACAGUAAGAAAUUUGACAGAGCAACAAGAUGCAUAGAAUGCACAUAACUGUAGCAAUACAGGUGCAUUUUGAAAGCUUUAGGAGAGGCUUCCGUCGUGCAGUAAACUGUUGUGCUGUAGGCUUUUAUGAUGAUGACAAGGGAGGUUCUGAGGACUACAUUUCUAAUCAGCAUCUCACCUUCUUCAACUUCCUCCUCCUCUUUCAUCAACAGUAAAUGCAAGAAAGAAGAUUAGACAUUUCUUUCUCUGUUUUCAUACACCUGUAUUUGUGUCAGCAGCCAGUCUUGUUUUUUUUUUUUUUUUUUCAUGUUUACAAGUACCGUGUGCUUGCUGUUGCAUACCAUGGAAACAAAAUUACCGUCAUUUUGUCGUCUGUUUUGCUAAGUGAGUCACAUAGAAGACGCUCAUUUGUAAGGAGCACCUCGUGCAUGGUAGGGCUUUGCAGUCUGGAAGUGCAAAUGAAUUUUUAUCAUUCCUUCUUCUGUGCCAUACAUAUUACUCCGCAAGGGUAUUUCAGACAUGAGAUGCAGUCUACACACAUUGUCUUGGGUGCUUUUGAAAGGCAUUUACUGACAUUCUUGGCUGGUUAGCACUUGUAUAUUGUGCUGAUGUAGGUUUACUCUGAUUAACACUACAUUCAGUGGUGGCAGCUGAGCAAUUUGUUUACAGAAUUCUACAUUAGCUGUGCAUCAACUAUGCAGAAUGACCAGUGGAGCAAAAUUUUCAGCUGGCCUUCAGGACUUGGGCUUUAAUUUUUUUGUCUCGUGAACAGCAUGCUGCUGGAAGAUCACAUUAGAUGGUAGCUGGAUGCAUUGUCAAGUUGAUACUGAAUAUUGUUUACUCAUGCCAGACACCCUUGUUGUGAGGGGCAGUAAUAUAUGCGACUCAGACUAUUAGUUCAAACAGUGCGUGGCACUAUCAUGGACAGCUGAAGCAGAAACCAGUUAAAGCCAACUAGAAUGCAUUUUUUCAUUCCCGCUUUCAUCGCUUCGUGCUAUGUUGGCAUGAUGUUGAUUUGCAUGCUUAUAUUGAGGAAUACCCCUUCUUUGGCGACUGCGUGUGUAGUCGUGCAAAUUUAGUCUCGAGCUAACUCAUUACCCGUGAGAAGUGCUCUGGUCCACGCUUUCCUGUUGGUGUUUUACUUUUUCCACUAUAGUACAGACCCUAGGCAAAAACAGCUUUCCACCGAGGUUGGUUUAUAGCUGAUUUCCAACAAUUCAUUUCUGCUCAAUUUUAUCAGUGUUAAUCGCAACAGAUGGAAGUAGGCUGAUGCUUUACUUAAAAGACCAGUGGGUCCUACCAUCGGCACAAAUGGUGUCGUGCAUUUGAGACACCUGCUGUGCUAAGCUGAACUUGGCUUUGUGUUAACUAAAAUAGAACUGAGAGCGUUUUCUGUUAAUGCUGAUGUUUCUGAUUGUGUGUUUUGGAUGUAUGUUUCGAGUCUUGGCCAAGAGAGCAAUUAAUAAGCCUGGUCGUGAGCAUACGUGACCUGUAGUCCUAGGAGUGUUGCGAGUUUUGCCAGGCAGUUUAAGGCAGCCUCCAAAACACACUGUAUUGCAGAAUGUGCAGUCUGUACAGAAGGCCUACAGAAUUCACCAGAAAUAUUGCUUGGCAUUGCUUGUGCACCCAAGCAGCACAUGUCCUCAUGUGUGCUCAGAACACACUGACGACAUGCACAGUAUGCAGGCAGCUUUGCAGAGUAGUGUUUUGUGCUGCUCCCACUAUCAACACAUACGUGAUAAAAAAAAAGAAUUGAGGUGUAUCACCUGAUUUUUGAUAGUUAUUUGGUGUUAGCACUACAGACAUGGGUUAUCUUGGAGAUAAAAGAAAGAAACCACACUUGCCUGUUUUCUCUUCAUCCUUUAAGGAUUUCACACUGGCUGGGUUCUUGCGGAGUGCAGUUUCCAUGGUUUGUUCCAUGCUUGGGGGUGAUAUCAUAUCCUCUAUAUCAUCCUUGGUGUCUCUUGAGUUCUUUUUUAGGUAGAUGCUGCAUGCUUUUACUCACUGUUAGACAAACGUAGCGGGUAUACGCACAAUGCCACAGCUACUUAUAGUGCAACUGCUCAAAUUUACAUUUCGUUUUGGUUGUCGCCCAGAUGCAGUAGAUCUUAAAAAGGCCAGGACAUAAACCACAGCAGAGCACAGGUUUGGCUCCCGGCUUCAUCUUUACCAAACCCAUAAUCCUUUUACAAGAUAUCUGUGUGCUGCAUAGUUCACAAAUUUGCAUGAGGCACAAAAUGGCACCAGCUGGGAUUGUACUCGAGAUCAAAAUCGGAGGAGACAAGUGGGUGUGGUAUGCAAAAUUUCUCUGUGUACUUUUACAUUCUGGGCGCUUCAGAAGCAAGAAGUGGUGCCACUUUCGGCAGAUCUGUCGUGAGGCCUUGCUGUUCCCAUUGAUUGUUGCUGCGGGCCUUUCUUAUUUCCACUAACUGGUUUAUUGCACCAGUUGAUAAGGGGAAGAAGGCCACCUGCCGAGAUACUGCGCUGCUUAAUUGUGUGUGAUUUGGGGCCAGUCAGAGAGGUGCUUGCUUUUACUGGGUAAAGGUCAAUUGCUAUUGUCAGUCUGUUCAAUAAAAGUUGUUUAUUGUGAUUGACUGA